CGCAGCAUCCAGACUACAACCUAAACCAAGACUGGCAGAGUGGUACAUUGGAGAACAGCAACACUUCCUGGGAAGGGGACUGGACACCGAUUGCAACCAAACUAGACUCCUCAGGAGGAGGAAGUGGCUUUUACAAAUAUAGGAGCACGACCUCAUAUCAAUCCGGAGGCAAUCUACCAGCCAGCAGUUCGAGUUAUGGAGUAAUGCAGUCCUCGUCUAAUUCCCCAAGUGCCUCGUCGUCCUCCUACUAUGAAAACAGUGAUUUUUAUGGUGGUGGGUACAAUAACUAUGAUCAGAUCGUGAGCAGUUAUCAGGCAACUCCGUACCAUUAUCAGUCUGCGAAUGCAAUGCGGACGUGUGACGCUUACAACGGCAAUAGAAAUCCGUCCAAUUGUCCUCCGGCCAAGCAAGCUCCCUCCGAUUACCAGCGGAGGCAGACUCGCUAUGGCAUGGAUGCCAUGCUUAGAAUGCAGAUCAAAUCUGAACCAGAUCCAGAUAGAGAAACCUCACUAGAAGUUGAUGGUGAAAACUUCACUUCUCUUUUUACAAAAAGUCUGACAUCUCUUUAUUCCCAAGAUGCUGAAAAUGCUUUUGCAGAUGACAAUAAAUCGUAUGGAGCUGAUGUUAUGGUUUGUAACCCAGUUUCUGGAGCCACUUCAGUGGAAGAUACUGGUUACCAAAGAUUGGGUACUUCACUUCCUCAGUAUUCUUCUAGUUACCAAAACGAGCGAAGUAACUUUGGCUUUUAUGAAAGCAGAAAUGAGCCAACAACCAGUGUAGUAGAAGAACUAAGAUCUGAAGGAGAAAGAACAAAUGCAUUUAGAUACGAUAGACCUUCAUUUGAUGACAUGCACCUUUAUGCUUCUUCACCAAAUGAUUCAAAAAGUCAGACAAAGAAACGCAAACUUUCAAUGCCAAAUAUUAAUCCCGAAGGAAACUUUCCAGGAUCAGAUAAUCGCAAGAAAACUCCUCGAUUGUUGUCUUUCAAAAGUGAUUCCAAAUGGACUCCAAAUUCUUUCUCAUUUAGUGAUGUACAGAUAAAACAGGAACCUAUCGAUGAUUACAAUACAGAAGAUUUGGAUUCACAAAAUCGUGGAAUAUUACCUUUUAAAGAUAAUUCCACAGGAACCAGCAGCAAAAAUAGUACACAGCAGCAAGACCAUCCUAAACCUGUGCCUCGAAAACGUAGUCCUGGAGCCACUUGUUUUGAUCGUUUUGAGAAAAAGUCCACGCCCACUAGUAAGAAAGUGUCUCCUUUAUCAGUGUAUGCGAAAGUGCAAGAUAGCAUUGUUUUAAGUGUAAAAUGUAGGCGUUAUAAAAAGCGAACGAAGCCAAUCGUUGCUAAAGAAGAGCUUUUAUAUCCUGGUAGAGAAGAGAUUGAAAAUUGGAAACGGAUGGGAGCAUACAGCCAGAGCCCAGAUGAGGCAGCAAAGCAAGUUAUGGGAGAUCUUCUGGAACGGGUCUGCCAAAUUAAUGAUACAAGUAUAGCUGAUAAUCCAGACCUCAUGCAAGUUGAUGUUCAUAAAGUGAAAGAACUGCUGUUUCAGUUUUGUCAGAGGUAUUCUUUGGAUUGUAAUGAUUUUGAAGACAUUGAAAGUGUAUUAAAACCAUGCAUUAUAAAGGAUAAAUCGGCAAAAAACUCCGAACGGGCUUCCGCCAUCCGAAAAAGGACCAGCGUUUCUCCAGUUCAUCCCAAAGCGGUGAUAGAAUUGGUGAACAAACCCCCAAAAUCUGAAAGGGGUGCCAAGAAAGUGAGUAACGAGGCUCCUAAAGUAGCUGAAAGACGGGUUCUCCGAAAGUUACCUGGACGUGUAGAUCGAGGCAGGCAACUACGCAGAUGUAAUAAGGUACCCGUUGUAAGAAGGCGCUAUUCCACCAGGAGUACUAAAGAUGUCGAGGAAGUGAUGAAUAGUGAUGUGGACAUCAUCAUUGAUUCUUCGACUGAUCGUGAAAGCGAGGCCGGCAAGGAAGCGGAAGUCCGGAAAAAAUCUCAAAGGCUUAAAGGCAAACAUCCGGUAUUGGAAACGCCGGCCAAAGAUGAUAAAAUUUUUACCAAAAAUUUCAGAAAUUCUAAGAAAGAUGAUCUUCGGUCUCGAGAAAAGAAAGAUAAUGAAAAACUAAAAGAUACUUCUAAAGAUUUACCGAAAAAGAAAAGUCCUCGUGGAAAUAUAAAAUGUAAUGAUACCUCACAGUCAUCUUCUGUUGAUUGUGUAGAUGUUGCAAAAAAUCAGUUACCAGCUUCGGUUGUUUUGUUGAAAGACAGCAGAGAACCUAUAUCUGUUUCUAAAAGCAGCGAAAAAUCCUUCAGCAGAACUAAGUCUGUAGAAGGGAGAAAGUCUCAAAACAAAGACACGUCUAGUUCUGCUUCCAGCUCAAAAACUAGUGUUUUAAUGACACAUCCAACUAACAGAGGUUUGACACGGCGUACCGAUAACCGCGAGUCUCCUUUUGUGUCAUUAAAAAAAACUAAAGCUACAACAUUAUUGAAAUUAUCUGAUAUUAAAGUUGAAGAUAAUUUUACAGCUGAGUUCUCCAAAGUAGCCAAAGAACCAUUCAAAGGUAUUUUAUCAUCUAACAAUCCAAAAAACGUGGAAAACAUUUCCUGUCCUAACAGUAAGAAAAUCGGUAAAAUAGAUGCGGAUGAAAAGCAGUUUAAGAUAUCUGCUUCAAAAGAACCCAAGAAUUCAGAAAAUGAGAAGAAAAAUCCUCUAGUUAAGAUUAUUGAUGAUGAGAAAAAUAGGACAGGAAACGAAAUCCAGUCAGAUUUGCCAAAAUUGGAAAAAAAUAUUUCAGAAUCGUGUGAAUUUGAACCACAAACAACACAGUCAUCCAUUUCUCAGUUGAAUGAAGAGAAUGAAGUCAGAACUGCCGAUGAUGACGAAAAUUCAAAAAAUGAACACAGUAAAGAUAAUUUCGGAAAACCUCCUGAGUUAGUAUGUAUGAAUGAAUCAAAAGAAAAACCAAAACUUUCUGAAGAAAAUCGAUCUGAGGAAUACAAGUCAAAACAGCCUUCUGAAAGUGUAGAAAGUCAUAAUUCUAACACUUCUAUGAUGGGACGAGUGGAUGAAAUAUUGAAUUGUUCUCAGAAUGCUGCCAAUCAACAGUUUUCUGAAUCUGAAGACUCGGACUGUGGUCUAGUCAUUGAUCUAGAGAGAAGACAGUCAGUUGAAGAACAGAAACCAAAAGAAGCAGCAAGUGUGGACCAGAACUUCGAUGAUUGUGUUAUUAAGAAAGAAAAGGCUUCUCCUGUUAUGCAUGAGGAAAUCAAUCAUAUACCUGUUGAAAAUACAGAGGAAGAUGAUGAUUGUAUACUUUUGCAGCCAUCAGAUAACAUUCCAUCAGUCUUCAGUAAUCACAUAGACAAACCUUUAUUAGAAAGUUCAUUUUCUGCACUAGGCUCCAGUCACGACAAAAAGAUGAAAAAUCAAGAGAGAGAUGAAUCCAUAUUAAGGACACUCCUACUAGAAACAGGUGAAAUAGCUGCUGGAACUUCUCAGGAUAUACUGGAGAAUCAGCGUUCAAGUUCAGCAAUUUCUAUAGACUCAAAAGCAAGCAUUAAUCAGGAUGUUAUGAAACUUCUUAUGUACCAAACAUACCAUGAAAUGUCUCCAUGUGGUUCUUCACCUGAUUUCGAUGAAAAGAAAUUUCCACUAGAUCAACUGCCGACAGAUAUUAAUGCCAAUUUGCUCUCAGAUUCAGAAGAAUGGAGUAGAGAUCCUCGUUUCAUAAAAGAAAAAAUAAAAAAACUCAAGCAUGAAAUUGUGUAUCUGCAGUGUAUGGCAGAGCAAAAAGAUAAAGAGCGUACAGCCAUUGUGUGCUUUAAGAGAUACAAAGAAGAAGUCUUGAGACGUUUGAUCAAAGAUUAUGCCUUUAAUGUGCAAGAUCACGUUCGGGACUGGAUUCGUUCUCGGAGGGAGAAUACUUCAUCUGAAUCCAGAAGUUCCUCCAGUCAGCAACAAUCAUCACCUUCAACGUCAUCACAACAUCCACUUCAAUCAGAAGCAGAAUCACAGCCACGAAUGUCCCCAGCUCAUCAAGUCAUUCAAUUAGCCUAUCAUGCUACAGUUAAAACAGAUGUUCCAACAUCAGUUAUUGCUACUGACAGUAGUAAAAGUCCUCAUUGUGGUGAGAAAUUGCCUACUGUUGAAGCUAUGAUUGCAAAAGCUACAGAAAACUAUGGUGUUGACAUGAGAACUGUGAAAAAUAGUACCACUACAACAGAAACUAUACUGCAUAAAGUUCUUUCUUCUAAAGAAGCAAUUUACAGUCCAACAACCUGCAGGUCACCUUCAACAUCUGAUCAAAAAACAGGAAACAGGAAAUGUAACAAUCAUCAUCAACAGCAGUCCCUACAAAUAUUCCAAAAGACUCUUUCAUCCACAAAAGAAUCUAAUUUCAACUCAAAUCAUUCAGUGUCUCCAGUAUCGGAAGUGCAUACUGUAGGAAAAUCAGUUUCUAUGCAUCAUCCUCAUCUUCUGCAAAAAGUGUUAACAAAGGAAAUAAGUCAUGCUCAUCGCUCUAGUGUGUCUCCUCCUUCUCUACAGCCUGAACUUCGACCAAUUGUGUUCAGUUCUCAAGCCUCCAGUUCUCAGAAACAAUAUCCUCUUGAUCUGAUUGUUACUCAUACAGAUAGCAAAGCAGAAGUAUCUAAGUCAUUUGAAGUUUGUGCUGGAUCAUCAAAAGUUAGCAUAGAAACACUUAAAAGUACUCGUGCAGUAUCUAGCCCCAAAUGCACUUCCAGUAACUCUUAUUCAGCAUGGAGCAGUGUGCAGAUUGGAAGAAACAUGUCUAUCUCUACAAGUUCCAUUGACUUAAGACCCGACCAUGUAAAAGCUCAAGAUGCACUUUUGGCAAAGAAAAGGCCAUCCACUAAUGGUCAUACAAACAGACAAGGUUUUAUGGUGGUACCACCUGCCACGACACUGCAGCAGUCUCAGAAGUCUAAUGCUUCUAGCAACAGCCAGCAACUAAAGUUAGAUACUGGACAUCAUGAAAGGUCUUUAAAAACCAGUGUAGAGAAGAUAUACAGUCGUAAGACUGAAGAAGAACGCCAAACAUUAUCAUAUUCAUCCUUGCUUGGCAGUAAUAGUUCCAUGCCAUAUGUAGGUCAUAUUGUUCGUAACAGUGUUUCCUCCACUGUCAGCAAAGCACCGUUGCCAUCUACGUCAAAUAGCAGCACUCCUCGAUGCAUGGGUUGUGGAAUUUCAGAUGCGAAGUUCCUUUGUUCUGGUUGUCGAAAACAUUGGUAUUGCAGUGCUCAGUGUCAAACAAUGCGAUGGCCAGAACAUUCUCGGGUAUGUGCUGGAAGCCUGUAUAAUCAGAGUGCAGGGACAAGUUACUCUUAAUUGUGCUGGCAUGGAGAUGCUGAAAGUAUUUUGGCAUUGGUCAGUGGAAAUCAAAAGCAAUUGUGAAAGUUUGUGUAGUUGCUCGUUUACCACAAUGAUUUUGAAUUUUCCAAUAUUGUGCCGUUUUGGUACUGACUAGUUUGUGGAAAUUCAUAUACAUUUAAUGUCUGGUGUUUUUUUCUUUUUUUUAUUACAUUGGACAUUAAGUUUCUGUAAAAUCAGGACCAUGAUUUUUAUAAAAAUAGAGAAUACAUAUAUAUCUGUGUAUAUAGAUAUAAAAAAUCUGAAAAUUUUACCAAAAUUGUUGGAAAGUGCAACUUUUUAAAAAAUAAUGUCAUUGCUGUUUAUUUAAAUCAUUAUUUUAAAUAUGUUUUUGUGCAAUAAGUGAAGUUUUGAAAUCAUUUACUUCUUGUGAUAUGUGUUGUGUGCAAAACACUCAUUGUCUUCAUAUUUAUUGUAUGAGAAAUUUAUCACAAUUAUAAAUAUAUCUUUUGAUGCAAAUUUCUUUGUGGAUAAUCCGAAAUAUUUCCCACUUCAUGACAGUGUUAUGCAGUAUAUAUUUAUCAUAUUACUAAUAUCAUACUUUUUGUAGUGAUGAAGUAGGAAAUAUGGUAGUAUAUUGUAAUUUAUAUAUAUAAUAAAUAUAUAAUGAUUUAAAAAUUAUAAAAAUAUGAAAUAUAAAUUUUAAACUUAGUCAAACAAAUAAUAUGAAAAAAUUCUGCAUACCAUCUGUAUUUGCUGCAUCUAUACAUAAAAAACAUUCUUUUACAUAAGUUCUGACAAUAAAAUACAUAAAUAUUUUUCUUUUAAAUUGUUAUGGUGUAAUUUUGUAAUUUUAGAAACUAGUUUUUAAGAUUUCAUAAAUGAAAAAUAACUGAGCUUUCUGUAUACCAAAAAUGAGGUCCAAAUAGCAUUUUACAGUUCUUCAUCAAUAACUAUUUACACUGUAAAUUGCCAUUUUGUAGACAGACAUGCUGUGUAUACAUGCUUAAUAAGAAUUCGUGAUCUUUCUUGCACGUUUUAAUUAAUCAUUUUAUAAAAUUUCAUGUUUUAAAACAUAAUGCCAUGGGUCUUCAGUAAUAGUUUUAAUGUGUGUAAUGUGUGUAAAUUUAAAUUUCUUUAAAAAAUAGCUUUCAAUUGAUAUUGUUAAUGAUGAAAACAUAAUAUUUUGUUUCCGGGUUCAACAUUUUGUAAAUAUUUUAAACAUUUAAAAACUUAGAGCAGUUAUAUAUCAUAUAAACAUUUCUAAUGAUGUACAAACUGUUAAUUUUAACAUUUGGUAUUUAUUAUUUUAAGGUUCAUACUUCUUUAAAAUAGCUUCCCAUUAAUUUAAAAUAGUUUAUUACUUCUUUUAAAAUUUGAUUAGUUUUACUCAGUUUUUGUGUUAAAUUAAUACUAUUUAAAAAUAUUUAUUAUUAAUUUUAAUCUUUUCAGCUAUCUUCUCCGUCCCUAAUUGCAUAAUUUUUGCAUUAUCAAAUCAGCACAACUACAGGACAUAAGUAAAAGUUUUUUAAUUCUCGUACCUUGCUUUGGAUAGAUAUGUUGGUCUUUCUGAGGAUCACCAAAAAUAAAGAAAGAAUUCUUAACAGAGCGAGACGUUUCAGUGAAACUACCCAAAUACUUAUCUGUCAGAAAUUAGUAUAGAUGCAUCACAUCUGGAAAAUGAAAAUUAAACAACCAUUCUUAAAAAUUUUUUUGUCAUGAUGCUUUUGUCUUGUGUCAGGCAGUUUGUUUUUAUUGUAUGCAUUUUCUUUGUGCAUGCUUGUGUCUGCAUUUUUUGUGCAAUAUGUUGGCAUCAUGAAUGUAAAAAUAAAGCCUAUUGAUAAUUGAAA